CAACUUUGGCGUCUGGACAGAGGUUUGGCGCUGGAAGACGUCCACCUCGCAGACGCUAAAUGACACUAAAGUUUAAACUGUGAUGUGACGUAACGACCACGGCGCUGCUGAUAACCACAAACGAGCGGGUGACAGUUCAAUCCACAUCGCCGGAGAGGGAGAUGGGAGAGCGACCUUGCCUUACAGUGGGAAGAGAGAGAGCGAGUCGCCAUUACUGCCGAGCAGCUCGGGAACAGCUCCGCGGCUUCUGUGUGGCGGUUCCGAAAGACACCCAGACUCUGGAACCAGCACCUGGAUUGUCGACAGUGGGACCGCAGACAAGGACAGGGGGAGUCCUCGGAUGAGUGCGGGCCUGAGCAUGAGCCCGGGACCGCCGUGACCGUGUUCCUGCCGGACUUAACUGCGGGACUAGUUUCUGGAUCUGGGAGCGACCAUGUUAGGAGGCAGGUGAUUAGAGGAGACGCCAGCUGCUCUGCUGCAGCUAAACCACACAGUCACAGCGAGGGAUUCGUGGGCGAGCGUCACAUCAUGAGCCUGCUCCCGGAGCUCUGACCUCCAUACCUGGGAUGAUAUCCUGAUUGUUUCUCUUUUCAAAUCUUAGCGAUGACUGGGGCGAUAUAAUGGCGAAAAACAAAGAUGCCCGUCCUCCGAUAUUCGCCAUCAGCGUGGUUGGCCUUUCUGGAACGGAGAAGGAAAAGGGAAACUGCGGCGUGGGCAAGUCCUGCCUCUGCAACAGAUUUGUGCGUCCGGAAGCUGACAAAUACUUCCCCGAGCACACCUCCGUGCUCAGCACCAUAGACUUUGGGGGGCGGGUGGUGAACAAUGACCACUUCCUCUACUGGGGGGACGUGUCCCACCGCGGGGAUGACGGCUUGGACUGUAAGAUACAGGUGAUCGAGCAGACGGAGUUCAUCGACGACCAGACCUUCCUCCCUCACCGCAGCACGAACCUGCAGCCGUACACCAAACGGGCGGCGGCGACGAAGCUGCAGUCGGCGGAGAAGCUGAUGUACAUUUGCACGGAUCAGCUGGGCUUGGAGCAGGACUUUGACCAGAAGCAGAUGCCGGACGGGAAGCUCAACAUCGACGGCUUCGUGCUCUGCAUCGACGUCAGCAAGGGCUGCAACAGGAAGUUCGAUGACCAGAUGAAGUUCGUCAGCAGCCUCUACUCGCAGAUUGCCAAGACUAAAAAACCCAUCGUCGUGGCGGCCACCAAGUGUGACGAGUGCGUGGAGCAGCACCUGCGCGACCUGCAGGCAUUCGUCGCCACCAAGAAGAAUCUGCUUCUCAUAGAGACGUCAGCCCGCACCAACGUCAACGUCGACCUCUGCUUUAAUGCCCUCACCCAGCAAAUGGACAAGACGCGAGGGAAACCCAAGACUGUGCCGUACCUCGAGGCUUACAAAGUCCAGCGGCAGCAUGUCGCCAUGGUGACUGAUAGGUUUGAGAAGCUGAUGAUGCAAACAGUAAGGGACUAUCACAACACGUGGAUGACAGUUGUUGGUAAUAUGAAGGGGCAUCCCGACUUCGAGGAGUUCAUCAUGCUGGAGGGAACCAGGAAGGGCAGGAACAUGUACACUAAGCACAUCUCACUCUUGAAACACGAGCACAUUAAGCGUCGCCGGGAGGAGUACCUGACGACGCUCCCCAAAACACUCAACAACCUCCUCAACAAUUUGGACGAGGUGGAACAUCUCACCUGGCCAGAAGCUCAGAGUGUAAUCCGGAACCACCCUGACUUCCACUACUGGUUCAUAGUCCUGGACCACACACCCUGGGACGAGACGGACCACAUCGACAACAGCGAUCGCAGGAUACCGUUCGAUCUCCUGGACACGCACGACGGGGAGCGGAUCUAUCACAACCACGUCCAACACCUUCUGUCGGAGAAGAGGAGGGUGGAGAUGAGAGAGCGCUUCAAGAAGACGCUGGACCGGGUGCACUUCAUCAGUCCCGGGCAGCCGUGGGAGGAGGUCAUGUGCUUCGUGAUGGAAGACGAGGCCUACAAGUACAUCACCGAGUCCGACAGACGUGACGUUUACGCUCGACACCAGCAAGAAAUCGUUGAGCGGGCCAAGGAGGAGUUCCAGGAAAUGCUGUUUGAACACGCUGAGCUUUUCUACGACCUUGACCUCAAUGCCACUCCCACCCUUGACAAAAUGAGCGAGAUCCACAGUGUGCUGAAUGAAGAGCCGAGGUACAGGUCGCUACAAAAGCUUGCCCCAGACCGGGAGUCGCUGCUCCUCAAACACAUCGGUUUUGUGUAUCACCCAACCAAAGAAACAUGUCUGAGCGGACCCAACUGCGUUGACCUGAAGGUGGAGCAGGUCUUGGCCAACAGGCUGGUGCAGCUGGAUCACGGGCGCUCCAAUCUGUACUACAACAGUGCCAACGUCAGCAAAAUCAACCUUUGUCUGCUAGGAAAGGAAGGCCUUGCUCAAGAGCUGGCCAAUGAGAUCCGUGCUCAGUCCACAGACGAUGAGUACGCAGUGGACGGUAAAAUCUAUGAGAUGGAGCUCCUGCCUGUGGAUGUGAAUUCUACCUUGUUGUUCAGUCACACGUGGUUGUCCACCUUCAAACCUCAUGGUUGCUUUUGUGUCUUUAACUCCAUAGAGUCUCUCAACUCUAUCGGAGAUUGUAUAGGACGGAUCAGAGCAGAGGUGGCACAGAGUCGGAGAGACCGUUUCUCUCAGCCGCUUCCGUUCAUCUUGAUCCUGGCGAACCAGCGGGACAUUGUCUGCAAGAACGUGCCCAUACUUCGGCACCAGGGCCAGCAGCUUGCCAACAAGCUCCAGUGCACCUUCGUGGACAUCCCUUCAGGAGCCUUCCCCAGGAAGUUCACUGAGUUCCAGAUCAAGCAGGGUCUCCGAGCCAUCCUUGAGGGUCUGAAACAUAAUUUCGACUUGUUGACCCCGCUGCCGUCAAUCAAAGACAUGUCGGAUACAGACUUGAGAAUUGUCAUGUGUGCCAUGUGUUGGGACCCCUUCAGUGUGGACCUGAUUCUUUCACCGUUCCUGGACUCGCACAGCUGCAGCGCAGGGCAACCGGGACAGAGCAACACACUGAUACUGGACAAGAUCAUCGGUGACACCCGGAGACGGAUCCAGGUCACCAUCCUGUCCUACCACUCCGCUAUCGGCGUCCGCAAAGACGAGCUAGUCCACGGCUACAUCCUGGUCUACUCGGCCAAACGCAAGGCUUCCAUGGCGACGUUACGAGCCUUUUUAGCCGAGGUCCAAGACGUGAUCCCGGUGCAGAUGGUGGCGAUCACAGAUAGCCAAGCUGACUUCUUUGAGAACGACUCUAUCAAAGAGCUCAUGACUGAAGGGGAGCAUAUUGCCACAGAGAUCUCCGCCAAGUUCACUGCUCUCUACUCUCUGUCUCAGUACCACCGACAGACGGAAGUCUUCACACCCUUCUUCAACCAAGUCUUGGACAAGAAGUCCCACAUAGAGACCUCCUUUGUUCUAGACAGCUCCUCUCGGGAGUGCACCACCCAUGCCAGCGAGGAGGUCUUCCCUACCUCUCCCCACAGCCACUCCCCCGCCUACAACACUUACUACCCGGAGUCCGACGAUGACAAUGAAGCCCCUCCGCCCUACAGUCCUAUCGGAGAUGAUGUCCAGCUUCUCCCCACCCCCAGUGACCGGGCCAAGUACCGGAUUGACCUGGAAGGAAAUGAGUAUCCCGCUCAGAGCACACCGAUUGGAGAUCACGAACGGAACCACAAAGUGCCUCCGCCCGUCCGGCCCAAGCCGGCUCUGUCCAAGCCCAACGUGAGGAAGCUGGACCCGAACCUCCUGAAGACUAUUGAGGCAGGAAUGAGGAGCAACCGUCGAUUAACAAGAGGGCCCAUGAUGCACAGCGAAGACGUGGAGACGUCAGACAACUAUGCAGAUCCUGUUGACACCCUGCUCAGGUCGAGAGGCUUCAACAGUGAGGACAUCUAUGCGGUUCCUGAGGACAGCCAUGCCCGGCUGGUGAAGGUCCGGGGAGCAGAAGAGGAGAACGGCUUCGACCGCAAAUCGCAGACAGGCAGACGCCCGUCCAAGUACAAACACCGCUCCAAGAUCCUUUUCAGCAAGACCAAGAUGUACCACCGCCGGUUCCAGUCGGACAGUGAUGGCGAGGAGACGGGUCCUGCCACGCAGAAGAAAAAGAAGGGACGAGCCCAGCGAGGUAGCGAGGAGGACCCCUUGCUGUCACCUGCUGACCCCUGGAAAGGAGGCAUCGACAACCCUGCCAUCACCUCUGACCCUGAGCUGGACGACAAAAAGACGAAAAAGAAGAAGACGCCCAAAACGCACAAGGACCCCAAGAAGCUCAAGUCCAACAAGUCCCCGAAGGCUCUUUACCCCCCCACGAGGAGAACGUGGGAGAGCAACUAUUUUGGUGUUCCUCUGCAGAAUCUGGUGACGCUGGACCGGCCCAUCCCCCUCUUUGUAGAGAAAUGUGUGGAGUACAUCGAGCGCACCGGGCUGACGGCUGAAGGACUGUAUCGGGUCAGUGGUAACAAGACGGACCAGGACAACAUCCAGAAACUGUUUGAUCAAGAUCACAACAUCGACCUCCUGGAGUUGGACGUCGCAGUGAAUGCAGCAGCCGGAGCCCUCAAGGCUUUUUUCGCGGACUUACCUGAGCCACUGAUCCCGUACUCGCUCAACCCUGAACUGGUCGAGGCUGCAAAAAUGGUGGACCACACGGAGCGUCUGCAGGUCCUGAAGGAAAUCGUCAAGAAGUUUCCUCCUGUGAACUACCAGGUGUUCAAGUACAUCAUCACACACCUGAACAAGAUCAGCCAGCACAGCAAGACCAACUCCAUGACAGCAGACAACAUCUCCAUCUGUAUCUGGCCCACCCUGAUGCGACCGGACUUUGAGAACCGGGCCACUCUGUCCAGCACCAAGCUGAACCAGUCGGUGAUCGAGAGCUUCAUCCAGCAGAGCGACUUCUUCUUCCAUGGCGGCGAACUGACCGACGUGUCGAGCAGCGAGGGGUCGCCCCCGCCGCACUGCCAUAACAUGGUGGAGGCGCUGUUGCCGCUGCAGCUGCCGCCGCCACUCCAGCCGCAGCAGAUCCAGCACGCGGUGCCGCCAGAACCGCUCCUCUGAGGGCCGCGCGCCAGGGAAUCUGCCCGGACAGCAAGCACACUCUUCUGAUCGGCACAUAGACUGACUCAGCCCCCCCAGCUGCACAGAGCGGUCCGACCUCAGACUUGAUCCAACAAUCCCACCGACUGCAAGUCCGGACUCUCGUGAUCCUGACCGACCGCUCCGAGUCUUCCUGCAGAACUAGAACCACUAAGACGUCGUCUAUAUGAGAUUAUUCUUGUGCAGGGGUGCGGUGAACAGAACCAGCUGACCCAGUCAGAGGUCACCCAACACUUCACUCUAUUUUGUGCGUGCGUGUAUGAGAGAGCACGUGCAUGUGUUCAUGUAUGUGUGUGUUUUAAGGAUUCAAAGAGGGAACAAGGGACUGAAAAGGUGGAACUAGUUGGACACGAGAAGGGACAUGACAAAUCAGGACUCUGACAGGUCGUGAUUCUCGUAUGGGUCCAGGUGUUGGUGGACUUUGCAUGUUUCUGUUUUUAUUUCCUAAAGAAAAUAAUAAUUUUACAUCUAAAAACGAGACGUUACUUAACCGCUUUUUCAAAUUUUUGUUGGAGAAAAACAUCCUUUCUUCCUGAAUAGAGGGAAUGAUUAUAUGAAAAUAAGAAUAUAAUGUAUAUGAAACUAUUGUGGGUGAGUGCAAGUGUGUGCGCGAGAGAGAGAGAGCGUCGUUUUUCAAGUCAAAAGUAAAAAAUAGAAACAUUAAAGUUCAUUUUUAUCAAAAAAAAAA